ACACGAGGCUUUCGUCAUCGCGGAGCGCCGGCAGGGAGGUAGUCGGGCGGGCUUGGUGUCAUGGCGGCGGCGCCCAGCCCGCUCCAGUCGGGCGGCCACGCUCCGGAGAUCAGCGCCGACCCUGCGGCCUCGGAGGUGGCGAGCAGCGCCCUGCGCUCCCUGGCCGGGCUGGUGGGGCAGCUUAACCUUGGAGAUGAUAUUGUGAAAAUUGUAAUUGAUUGGAGCAAGUUUCAAAGCACAUCUGCACUUCAGCCAACAGUACUCUUUUGUGCACUUCAGCAGCAUAUUUUAUGUUUGCAGCCUCUCUUAGAAAAACUCCAGUCAUUGAUUAAGGAGGAAAAUAUAGGCCAUGUUGAACCUACAGGUAAAACAGAAGGCCAGACUUGUGAAGCAAGUUUAGAUUUUUAUGACGGUAACUGUCAGACUGAAGAAAAGUAUGCAAGUUAUGACUCGGGAGAUCUGAAGGAUCCUCAUAUUGAUUUUGAUCCAGAAGUGGUCCAAAUUAAAGCUGGAAAAGCAGAAAUUGACAGGCGGAUAUCGGCCUUCAUCGAGAGGAAACAAGCUGAGAUCAAUGAAAAUAAUGUCAGGGAAUUUUGCAAUGUUAUUGAUUGUAAUCAAGAAAAUAGCUGUGCCAGAACAGAUGCAAUUUUCACACCCUAUCCUGGAUUUAAAAGCCAUAUAAAGGUUUCUAGGGUAGUAAAUACAUAUGGUCCUCAGACUAGAACUGAAGUAGCACAUGGGUCCAGUCACAAAGCCAGUGUACCUAUUCAUGAUUGUGGAAACCAAGCUGUUGAGGAGAGGUUGCAAAACAUUGAAACACACUUACGGUUACAAACAGGUGGUCCUGUUCCAAGAGACAUUUAUCAGAGAAUUAAGAAGCUUGAAGAUAAAAUCCUUGAGCUGGAAGGACUGUCUCCUGAGUAUUUUCAAUCUGUAAGCUGUUCUGGCAAGAGGAGAAAGAUUCAACCUCCCCAUCAGAACUAUUCGUUGGCUGAACUUGAUGAAAAGAUAAAUUCUAUAAAACAGGCAUUACUGAGGAAAACAAAAGAAAGCAAGUCCAAGGGGGCAGAGCGGCUUCUUCGAUAAAAAAACAAACGACGGAGUCUUUUCGGAGUCCUCAUCACGCUUUACACGUACCUGAACCAUAGACCUGAGUAGUAUUCAUCAGGGAUGACUUAAGCAAUGAAAGAAAGCAGGCAUAUAAGCUCCUUUUGGGUGAUCCUGAAAGCUUGCCUUCAGAAGAACUCAUUUAAAAGCAGUCUUAUUAAUGAGAUAGUUACUUUAAAAUUAAGAAUGUUUUAGGGAUAGCAUUCUAAUAAUCCAUUCCCUUCUGUUAUAAAGGAGGAUUGCAGCAUUGUUUGUAUGUGGAGAGUGUUAAACCCACAUACAGAUGCUACAUUUCACAUGUAAUUCUUGAUUAUUGAAUAUUCUAAAGAGGAUGAUUGAAUAUUCUAAAGAGCUAUCUUUUCAAUAUUUUUAAUGUAAGUAGAUUGCAUAGACUUGUGAAAUAAAAUUCACAAAGGACAAAUAAUGUACUUCCUCAUAAGUAAACUGUCAGAGGAAAAAAAAACAAACUUGCAGUAUGCAUGCUAACCUGCAUUUUUUUCCAUAUUUGUCACUAUUUUCACAUCUGUUAGAAAUAGAGCAAAUUGUAUUUCUGUUUUAAAUAUGUUUAUGGAAAUCCUGUGUGUACAGAGAUAUGUGUUCUUCACUUCCUCAGUGUCCUGUAGGAAUUCAGAAUUCAUAUGCUGCUAACAAAUAUAAUAUAUUCUAAUGAUCACUCUGUGGGAGAUUUUGAGGAGCAUGCCAGAAGGCACCAGAUUUCCUUCCUUCCAUAUGCAUGCUUCCAUGAUUCCCAAAGGAUGGAUGCUGGGUAUGUAGUUUUAACUAAAGUCAGACCUUUAGCCCCACCUUGAAGUGUCAUUUUGUUCAUUUUGUUUCUUCUGAAUAAAGCAUUUUCUAUUUAUACUA